UUUCCCCAUCUUUUUCAUUCUCCACGCACUCCAUCCCUGGAGCUUCAAAUAACCAUCUCUACCCCAUUGGCGCUGGUUUUGUUAUCAUUAUCCAACCCAUGGCCCCCGCGCAACCAACUCUCCUCGCCAACCCCGUCCCCGUCCUCUGCAUCUACCCUGUCCGAUAGCGGACCGCUCGCCAUCCUUAUCACAUCGCAUCGCGAAUUUUCAUCCUCGGCUGCGUCGCGCCCACCCCAUCGCCAUCACCAUCGCAGGAAUCCAGCAAUCAAGCCCUUCUCCACUACCUGGGUAAAGCAAUCACCCUGCCGUCCGUUUUGAGGACCAGAGAUCCGACACUACACACCACCAUGUCAACGUCCCCACCUCCCGCGUCGACACCAGCGCAACACCCUUCUCACACCAUGACACAUACCCAUACCACCACGAGUUCGCAGUCGCCGCCCCCGUCGACGAGCUCGAAACAUGAUUAUAAGGGGUUCGUUGGGGGUGUGUUUUCGGGGAUUGCGAAGUUGAGUGUCGGACAUCCAUUCGAUACCGUGAAAGUGCGAUUACAAACCAGUACGGAAAGCCACUUUCGCGGCCCAUGGGAUUGCGUUCUCCAGACUGUUCGCAAGGAAGGCAUAACGGGGUUUUAUAAAGGAGCUACGCCACCGCUGGUCGGUUGGAUGGUUAUGGAUUCUGUUAUGUUGGGCUCCUUGACUCUGUAUCGCCGAUUGCUGCUGGAGAAUGUGUUCUCGAAGCCGGAUCUCCGCGCCCGCAUCCCUUUCAUUGGCCACCAGCCGGAUCUGCACACUCUGCCGAGUUUCGGGCACGGCAUUGCGGGUGUGAUGGCUGGGAUGACGGUUAGUUUUAUUGCGGCCCCGGUGGAGCAUAUCAAGGCCAGGUUGCAGAUUCAGUAUGCGGCGGAUAAGUCGAAAAGGUUGUAUAGCGGGCCGAUUGAUUGUGUACGGAAGAUUGUCGGCACCCACGGCAUCGCGGGAUUAUACCGCGGGCUCUGCGCGACGAUGAUCUUCCGCUCGUGCUUCUUCUUCUGGUGGGGAUCGUACGACAUCUUCACGCGGAUGCUGAAAGAGAAGACCAGCCUGUCGGCCCCCGCGAUCAACUUCUGGGCGGGCGGCAUCUCGGCCCAGGUCUUCUGGAUCACGUCGUAUCCGUCGGACGUGGUCAAGCAGCGGCUGAUGACGGACCCGCUGGGCGGCGCGCUGGGCGACGGGCAGCGCAGGUUCCGCUGGUGGAAGGAUGCCGCGGCGGCGGUGUAUCGCGAGAGAGGCUGGAGGGGCUACUGGCGAGGCUUCAUGCCGUGCUUCCUCCGAGCAUUCCCGGCGAAUGCGAUGGCCUUGGUUGCAUUUGAGGGUGUGAUGCGGUGGCUGCCGUACCUCACUCAACACCCGCCCAAUCCUACAAUGGCCGUCGCACGCACCAUGCGUCGCACAAGCCCCAUAACGGUCUUCCUGGCCGCCCUGCUGGCCUUCGGUUUCCUCUGCUUCCUGCUCUCGCCCUCCACGCCCACCUCCCCCAAUCCUCCUCCAGCGCCCCCAUCACCGAUGCCUCAUCUCAACUCCGCCGCGAAGACGCCGCCGAACACCCUCUCUCCCCCCCGACGAAACCCUUCUUCAAAUCCCAACCCCAGCAGCGAGUCGAUCAAACAAGGCGAACGCAUCCUCAUCCUCACGCCCCUGGCCCGCUUCUACCAGGAGUUCUGGGACAAUGUGGUGCAACUCAGCUACCCGCACGAGCUGAUCAGCAUCGGGUUCAUCAUCCCCUCGACAAAGGACGGCAACGCCGCCGUCGCGGCCCUGGAAGAAGCCAUCAGCGCCACGCAAUCCGGCCCCGUCGACAACCGGUUCGCCUCCAUCAGCAUCCUGCGCCAGGACUUCGAACCCCCCAUCCAGUCGCAGGACGAAAAGGAGCGCCACAAAAUGUCCAACCAGAAAGCGCGCCGUGAGUCCAUGAGUCGCGCCCGCAACAGCCUCCUCUUCACCACCCUCGGCCCCAGCACCUCGUGGGUCCUCUGGCUCGACUCGGACAUCAUCGAAACCCCCGACUCCCUGAUCCAGGACCUAACAGCCCACGACCGCCCCGUCAUCGUCCCGAACUGCUUCCAGCGCUACUACAACAACGACAAGAAGGAAAUGGACGUCCGGCCCUACGACUUCAACUCCUGGAUCGAUAGCUCCACCGCCCAGCAGCUCGGCGAUACCAUGGGUCCCGAUGAGAUUCUGCUAGAGGGCUACGCUGAACUCCCCACCUACCGCACCCUGAUGGCCUACAUGGCCGAUACGAAUAAGCCGCGACCCAGUCGCGAGAUGGAGUUGGAUGGCGUCGGCGGCACCGCCCUGAUGGUCAAGGCCGAUGUCCAUCGUGAUGGCGCCAUGUUCCCCGCUUUUCCGUUUUAUCAUCUCGUUGAGACGGAGGGGUUCGCCAAGAUGGUCAAGAGGUUGGGAUAUGCUGUUUAUGGCUUGCCGGAUUAUUUUGUAUACCACUACAACGAGUAAGUGGAUGGUCAAACGAUGAGAUGGGACGGGGGGAGAGGAGGCUGGGAUGAACCUGGAUAUGAUAGCUAGGAUAUGAUAGCCAGGAUACGUACGAUAGCUAGGAUAGGACGGAUGCAUGCAUGCAUGGAUGACGGAUCGAUAGGAUCGAUAGGAUCGAUAAGGAUGGGGAUAUACUAAGUUUCAUGUUUCAUGUUUUGCUUGUUUGAACUAGAUCAGAGAAUUAUAUAUGAUAUAAUAUGAUAGGAC